AUGUCGGAUCUUUCCUUUUACGGUGGUUUACAAACCGAGAAAGAAUUGGCGUCUUAUGUCUAUGUUUCGUGCAGCGCGGUAAGGCUUGCCGCACAAAUUUCAACAUGCAUGCGAUUCGAAGGCUGGAUGGCGGGGAUCUACACAAUCGCCAUAUCCUUCACUUCACUGCUUUUCACAUUGCGAGUGAGAGCGAUAUUUAAAGGGGACAAAUGUGUCACCACGUUCUUUGGAUUCCUAUGGCUGGUCGUGGUCGGGACAGCGGCGAUGACAACUCAGUCUGUGACCGUGGUCCGCAUAGGAUCAACAGGAUAUUGCAUCAGCGAGCACGUCGCAGGUUACGUGACGAGCGCGGCGGUUGCCCCACUCGUCAACGAUACUCUGGUUUUCCUGGCCAUUUCGUGGCGCCUGAUGCAGAACUCGGUGGUCGGGGAGAAGCAUAGGUUCCGCCUUCGGGCCAUGAUUCUCGGCCAACGCAUGCCUUCAUUGUCCCAUGCAUUGUUGAAGGAUGGUCAGAUUUAUUACCUGUGA